CCUCAGGCGGGAGAUUGUUGGGUUUGGCCGGAGGGCCGAGGGGCCCUGUGGCGUCGGGGGUCUUCCCCUGCAGGGUGGGUGGGGGCUGUCACCACGUGGCUUCUCCUUUUUUUUUUUUUUUCCGCUCCAUUUUUUUUCAAGUCGAUUUUAUUUAGAGGCGGCGCCAGGGCGGCCGCGGAGAAACGUGACACACCAGCCCUCUCGGAGGGGUUUCGGACCGAAGGGAAGGAGCUGCGCCGCGUCGUCCGUCUCCCUGCGCGCCGCGGGCACUUCUCCCGGGCUCUCCCCGAACUCUCCCGCGACCUCUGCGCGCCCUCAGGCCGCCUUCCCCGCCCUGGGCUGGGGACAACUUCUGGGGUGGGGUGCAAAGAAAGUUUGCGGCUCCUGCCGCCGGCCUCCCCGCCUCUCGGCCUAAGAGGCUUGCCGCCCGCGUCCGCUCGUUUGGCCUUGCCCGGGACCGCGUCCUGCCCCGAGACCGCCACCAUGAACAAGCUUUACAUCGGCAACCUCAACGAGAGCGUGACCCCUGCGGACUUGGAGAAAGUGUUUGCGGAGCACAAGAUCUCCUACAGCGGCCAGUUCUUGGUCAAAUCCGGCUACGCCUUCGUGGACUGCCCAGACGAGCACUGGGCGAUGAAGGCCAUCGAAACUUUCUCCGGGAAAGUAGAAUUACAAGGAAAACGCCUAGAGAUUGAACAUUCGGUGCCCAAAAAACAAAGGAGCCGGAAAAUUCAGAUCCGAAAUAUUCCACCUCAGCUCCGAUGGGAAGUACUGGACAGCCUGCUGGCUCAGUAUGGGACAGUAGAGAACUGUGAACAAGUGAACACUGAGAGUGAGACGGCAGUGGUGAAUGUCACCUAUUCCAACCGGGAGCAGACCAGGCAAGCCAUCAUGAAGCUGAAUGGCCACCAGUUGGAGAACCAUGCUCUGAAGGUCUCCUACAUCCCUGAUGAGCAGAUAGCACAGGGACCUGAGAAUGGGCGCCGAGGGGGCUUUGGCUCUCGGGGUCAGCCCCGCCAGGGCUCACCUGUGGCAGCGGGGGCCCCAGCCAAGCAGCAGCAAGUGGAUAUCCCCCUUCGGCUCCUGGUGCCCACCCAGUAUGUGGGUGCCAUCAUUGGCAAGGAGGGGGCCACCAUCCGCAACAUCACAAAACAGACCCAGUCCAAGAUAGACGUGCAUAGGAAGGAGAAUGCAGGUGCAGCUGAAAAAGCCAUCAGUGUGCACUCCACCCCUGAGGGCUGCUCCUCCGCUUGUAAGAUGAUCUUGGAGAUUAUGCAUAAAGAGGCCAAGGACACCAAAACGGCUGACGAGGUUCCCCUGAAGAUCCUGGCACAUAAUAACUUUGUAGGGCGUCUCAUUGGCAAGGAAGGACGGAACCUGAAGAAGGUAGAGCAAGAUACCGAGACAAAAAUCACCAUCUCCUCGUUGCAAGACCUUACUCUUUACAACCCCGAGAGGACCAUCACUGUGAAGGGGGCCAUUGAGAAUUGUUGCAGGGCCGAGCAGGAAAUAAUGAAGAAAGUUCGGGAGGCCUAUGAGAACGAUGUGGCCGCCAUGAGCCUGCAGUCUCACCUGAUCCCUGGUCUGAACCUGGCUGCUGUAGGUCUUUUCCCAGCCUCGUCCAGCGCAGUCCCGCCACCUCCCAGCAGUGUUACUGGGGCUGCUCCCUAUAGCUCCUUUAUGCAGGCUCCCGAGCAGGAGAUGGUGCAGGUGUUUAUUCCCGCCCAGGCAGUGGGCGCCAUCAUCGGCAAGAAGGGGCAGCACAUCAAACAGCUCUCUCGGUUUGCCAGCGCCUCCAUCAAGAUUGCACCACCUGAAACACCUGACUCCAAAGUCCGUAUGGUUAUCAUCACUGGACCGCCAGAGGCCCAAUUCAAGGCUCAGGGAAGAAUCUAUGGCAAACUCAAGGAGGAGAACUUCUUUGGUCCCAAGGAGGAAGUGAAGCUGGAGACCCACAUACGUGUGCCAGCAUCAGCAGCUGGCCGGGUCAUUGGCAAAGGUGGCAAAACGGUGAACGAGUUGCAGAAUUUGACGGCAGCUGAGGUGGUAGUACCAAGAGACCAGACCCCUGAUGAGAACGACCAGGUCAUCGUGAAAAUCAUCGGACAUUUCUAUGCCAGUCAGAUGGCUCAGCGGAAGAUCCGAGACAUCCUGGCCCAGGUUAAGCAGCAGCAUCAGAAGGGACAGAGUAACCAGGCCCAGGCACGGAGGAAGUGACCAGCCCCUCCCUGUCCCUUCGAGUCCAGGACAACAACGGGCAGAAAUCGAGAGUGUGCUCUCCCCGGCAGGCCUGAGAAUGAGUGGGAAUCUGGGACACCUGGGCCGGGCUGUAGAUCAGGUUUGCCCACUUGAUUGAGAAAGAUGUUCCAGUGAGGAACCCUGAUCUCUUAGCCCCAGACACCCACCCAAUUGGCCCAACAUUCUCUGCCCCUCGGGGUGUCAGAAAUUCUAGCGCAAGGCACUUUUAAACGUGGAUUGUUUAUAGAAGCUCUCCAGGCCCCACCAAGAGGGUGGAUCACACCUCAGUGGGAAGAAAAAUAAAAUUUCCUUCAGGUUUUAAAAACAUGCAGAGGGGUGUUUUAAUCAGCCUUAAAGGAUAGUUCAUUUCUUGACCUUAACAUUUUUCCAAUUUUCUUCCCCCUACUUGGGUAAUUGAUUAAAAUACCUCCAUUUGCUGCCUCUUUCUAUAUUUACACUAAUUGUUUUAUCUUUAUUGCUACCAGAAAAAAAUGCGAACGAAUGCAUUGCUUUGCUUACAAUAUUGACUCAAGGGAAAAGAACUGUCAGUAUCUGUAGAUUAAUUCCAAUCACUCCCUAACCAAUAGGUACAAUAGGGAAUGAAGAAGAGGGGAAAAUGGGGAGAAAGAUGGUUAAAACACAUAAUAAUCCACGUUUAAAACAAGUGCCCUUGUGGCUGAUCUGUUCCAGAUCACCAUCUUCAAAUUGGCACAACCGAAAUUUCCCCACUGUGUUGGGGCUUCCCCACUACAUUCACGUCCCUCUCCCGUGUAGGCUUCACAUUAUGUCCAGGUGCACAUAGGUGGUAUCGAAUGCUCAGCAGGGUAGGGGCUGACCACUGUCCCUGAUUCCCAUCGUUCUCAGGCGGAUUUUAUAUUUUUUUAAAGUCUAUUUUAAUGAUUGGAUAUGAGCACUGGGAAGGGGACGCUAACUCCCCUUGAUAAAGUCUCAGUUCCAUGGAGGACUUAAGUGGCCCCAAAGGCUGCCACGGUGCCCUCACCCCAGCCCAUGUGCUCCCAUAAGGGCUGGUUCCUAGAGGCAGGGGUUGUGGGGCACUCCCAGCCACGGCACUGUUUCCUUGGUGGUGGGACUUGGAACCCAACCCUGAGCUCCCGAUAAAGCUAAAGUCCAUCAUCUGGCAAAUUGAGUAAAUUGGAGAGUACUUGCUUCUGUUUGUAUCUGAGAGGAAUUUUUAACUGAUGGCUUCUGUCUCUAUGAAUCAUUAUCAGCAUGAUGAAAGGUGUGUCUAAAAAACAAUUCAGAAUACCAGCAGCAUUGUACAGCAAGGGGUAAAUAUAAUUUAUUAUUUAUUUACCAGGCUUAAUAAGAUCCUAUGGAGUGUUUAGCCCUUGUAGGGGACGGAAGCCAUCAGUUAAAUGAGGCUAGGCCUCCCCUCCUAAUAUACUGAUUGACAAUGCAUAUUAGCCAGGUAAUGCACUUUAGCUACCCUGGACAAUGCUAUCAAGUGUGUGGGAAGGGAGGAAGGCCUCUCUACAUAUGGAAAAGCCCAUGCGUGGAGUUCCCCUCCUUUCAACAUUGCAACAACAGUAACAACAAGACAACCGCAACAUGUGGGUGUAGUCAGGCAAUGCUGUGUGCGAAGUAAACUACCUCAAGGUAUGAAGUUACCUCAGCAAUUAUUUUCCUUUUUGUUCCCCCCAACCCCAUUAAAAAAAUUUUUUUUAUUUUUGUUUUUUUGCGGCUUGCUGAUAUUUUAUAUAAAAAAGAAAAAACAAAAGAGAAGCUGAUAGUCUUGAAUAUUUUAUUUUUUUAAUGAAAAGAAAAAACAAAGUUAUGUUUCAUAAUUUCUUACAUGAGCCAGUAACCCUUUAGGAACUCUAUGGAGAACAGGCCUGAUGGGAAAGGCUUUGGGGGCUGCCCCCUUAGGAGGAGGCUAGUGCUAAGAGGAAAGGCCUGGGUUUGAGAGAGCCCAGAGGGGCAGAGCCCAAAGCCUUGUUUGGCCCUGAUCCCUGACUUCUAGAGCCCCAGCUGCUGGCCACUGCUGGAAUAUCCUACCUGAUAGGAUUAAAAGGCCUAGCAGAGCUGGGGGCUCUCAGUGGUUAAACAAUGCCCAACAACCAACCACCUGGCCCUUGGUCUCUUCUCUUUCCUCCUUUGGUUAAACAGCAUCUCAGCAAGCUUUUCCCACCAGUGGUGCUGUUGAGAUAUUUUAAAAUAUUGCCUCCGUUUUAUCGAGGAGAGAAAUAAUAACUAAAAAAUAUACCCUUUUAAAAAAUCUAUAUUUCUCCGUCUAAAAAUAUGGGAGCCGAGAUUCCGUUCAUGGAAGAAAGACAAGGCCACCCUCUCGCCCUCAGAGAGGUCCACCUGGUUUGUCAUUGCAGUGCUUUUCAUUUUUUUUUGUUGUUGUUACUGUUUCAUUUCAAUUCCGUCUUGCUGUUCUUCUUAAUCUAUAUCCAUAGAUCCAAGGGGCAAACAGAUACUACUGCCCCCGCCUCUGUCUCCCUGUCUUCUUUAGAUCAGUCUGAUUGAUUUUAAAAGUGGACCCAAACUUAGGGAAUUCUUGAUUUAGGGUGGCUCGUGGCAAGGAGGGGCAGGGAAUAUGGGGACGUGACUGGGACAGGUUCCUGCCUUAUCACUUUCUCCCUAGGACAUUCCCUUGUAGCCCCCAGAACUGGCCCAAAUUGAAGAGAAGCAGAAAAGCAUUUAGGGAUCACAUCAGGCCAGUAGCAUUAAGCCUCUCCACCUGUCCCAACCAUAAAAAGGGUCUCCCAGCUCUCCAUCUCUGGCUCUGUGUGCUUUGUCCCAAAACAAAGCAGAUAACGUUCAGACGUCGGCCAUUUAAUAAUUUAAAGCGAAUUUCCAGCAGCAAGCAUGCUUUGAUAUCUGGUUCAGACUAUCAUCAGGAAGAAAAAAAAAAAUCCCACAGUACCUGAAAUGUGAUUGUUGCAGUGUUCAGUUUCCUUGGGGGCCUGCUCCCUUCACACCUUGAGCCGAAGUCCUUUUCCGUUGGCUGAUUCAGCUCCCAGAAGAGACCAGGAAGUGUGUGGCAAGGGACUGGAAAACUUCACUUGCUUGGAUUAGGCAAGGCUCCACUCGUUGAUAUUUGCCCAGCAGGAAAAUCGUGGAAGUUAUACCACCAGAAAGCAAAAGGAGCAUGGUUUGGUGGUUAAGGUUUAGUGGGAUGAAGGACCUGUCUUGGUGGGCCGGGCCCUCCUGUGUCCCAUAGGCUAGGUCUUAGGGCAACUCCUUGCCCUCCUGCUCAGCACCUCCAUUUCCCCAUCCUUGGUGAGUUAACAAGCUAUCGCGAAAAGCACUUGGGAGAUUUGGAUGAUUUGAGAAGAGUGACUUAAAAAAAAAUGCUUCUGUGCUCUAAGAUAUAUAUGUGUGUGUGUGUGCUACAUAUAUAUUUUUAAGAAAGGACCAUCUCUUUAGGAUAUAUUUUUAAAUUCUUUGAAACACAUAACCAAAAUGGUUUGAUUCACUGACUGACUUUGAAGCUGCAUCUGCCAGUUACACCCCAAAUGGCUUUAAUCCCCUCUUGGGUCUGGUUGCCUUUUGCAGUUUGGGUUGUGGACUCAGCUCCUGUGAGGGGUCUGGUUAGGAGAGAGCCAUUUUUAAGGACAGGGAGUUUUAUAGCCCUUUUUUACUCUUUCCUCCCCUCCUCCCAGUCCUUAUCAAUCUUUUUUCCUUUUUCCUGACCCCCUCCUUCUGGAGGCAGUUGGGAACUAUUCUUAUUUAUGCCUCACUAUUGGCAGAAAAGACCCCAUUUAAAAGAGAAUACUGGAGAGGGAUCCUCUAGUUGGUUCUGUGUCCAUUUUCCUCUGUGCCAAAGACAGACAGACAGAGGCUGAGAGGCUGUUCCUGAAUCAAAGCAAUAGCCAGCUUUCGACACACACCUGGCUGUCUGAGAAGGAAGGCCUCCUGGAAACUGGGAGCUAAGGGUAAGGCCCUUCCCUUCAGAGGCUCCUGGGGGACUAGGGUGUGGUGUUUGCCAAGCCAAGGGGUAGGGAGCCGAGAAAUUGGUCUGUCAGCUUCUGGUUGCACUUUGGGGAAGGAGAGGAAGUUUGGGGCUCCAGGUAGCUCCCUGUUGUGGGACUGCUUUCGGUCCCCUGCCCCUACUGCAGAGAUAGCACCGCCAAGUUCCCUUCAGGCCUGGCAGACGGGCAGUGAGGAGGGGCCUCAGUUAGCUCUCAAGGGUGCCUUCCCCUCCUCCCACCCCAGACACACCCUCUGCCAAACUGGGAACCAGCAGUGCUAGUAACUACCUCACAGAGCCCCAGAGGGCCUGCUUGAGCCUUCUUGCUCCACAGGAGAAGCUGGUGCCUCUAGGCAACCCCUUCCUCCCACCUCUCAUCAGGGGUGGGGGUUUUCUUUUCUUUCCCCUGAAGUGUUUAUGGGGAGAUCCUAGUGGCUUUGCCAUUCAAACCACUCGACUGUUUGCCUGUUUCUUGAAAACCAGUAGAAGGAAAACAGCACAGCCUGUCACAGUAAUUGCAGGAAGAUUGAAGAAAAAUCCUCAUCAAUGCCAGGGGACAUAAAAGCCAUUUCCCUUCCAAAUACUCGAUAAUUUAGAUGCAGAACAUUUCUCUUAGAGUAACACCAGCUGAAAACUUCAGUUUCUUACCUUUGGAUACAUAAGGCUUCUCUAUCGGGGUACGGGACAGGGAGAAGGCCUCAUGUCUGAAGGGGGAUUUAGGGGCUAGAGCCCCAACCCUGACCCUUGGCCCUGUGCACCGCUUUGGGGCACAGUCUGAUGGCGCCUUUGCUGGCGUCUUAGUAUGGUUGACUCCGGACGGACAAAAGAAAAAAAUUUUUUUCUUUAAUGAAAUAGCAGGAAGCUCCUCGGGAGCAUGUGUUUUGAUUAACCGCAGGUGAUGGAUGCUACGAGUAUAAAUGGAUUAACUACCUCAAUCCUUACAGUAAGAUUGGAACUAAGGGCAGGGACUCGUGCAUAAGGGUAUGAAUCCCAGCCAGGACAAGUGAGUUGAGGCUUGUGCCACAAAAGGUCUGUCCUUGGGGAACAGGCAGGCCUGCCAGGAUCCCCCCAUAUCGAUUGGGCUGGGAGGGCUGGCCGUGAGGUCCCCACUUUCUGCGUUCCUUGCCCAUGUGUCACCCCUUUGGCCUCCAGCUUGUCUCUCUCUCACUUUCUAUAGCUUUGUUGGACCAGAUGGUGAGGAAGGGAAUGGCCUCCUCCCUUCUAGAGGGGACUGGCUGGAGUGAGACCUGGGGCUUGGCCUGGAACCCACCACACAGCCCCAAAGUCAGGAAGCCUGGGGAAGCCAGAGCUGAGACCUCUUCAACAGGGUUUCUUUGAGAUCCUACACCUCCAUUGGGCCCUUUCUCAGUCUUCAAGGGGGGCCCAGUUGGCUCUAGAAGAAGAGGUGGAGCAGGAUCCUUUGCCCUGGUUGAGUCUGAGGGCCCAGUCCUUGGACUCAUUCAGGCCGUCUUUGUAGUUGGGGGAGUUUCACUGGGCGAUCCCAGCCUCUCCCCACCCUCUAAUGGACCUCCUCAUAGAAGCCCCAUUUCACUUUUGUUUUAUCUACCUCUUAGCAAAACAAUAGAUAAAUUAGGUAGUGGCAACUCCACUUGCUUAGGUUAGGGGGGGAAAAAGAUUUCUUUUUCCAAAGGAAAAAAAAUAUUACCUUGAGAAUACUUUCCAAAAAAUAAAAUAAAAUAAAAAACCAAAAAAAAAAUUUUUUUUUUUUUAAAGAGGGAGACAUUUUCCAGUGACCACUGGAUUGUUUUAAUUUCCCAAGCUUUUUUUCCCCCAUAAAUAAGUUUCACUCUUUGGCGAUUUUCUUCACUUGUUUAAGAUAACGUGCUAGCUAAUCUAACAGGUAACAGCUUUCACUGUCUGCCCCUGGCUUGUCUCACCCCAUCCCCCACCCUAUUCCUGCCAGUGAGUCCUUCCUGUGCUUCUCUCCCUUCUCCCCUCCUAGCCAGCUGACUUCAGUCACCCCCGCCCCUCCCCCCUGCCAACAAGCCCCCUAGGAAUAAAGGCUUUGUUUUGGGGAUGCUUAAAUCUUGACUGCACUUCCCCGCUUUGGGGGCUGGGGAGCCACUUGUAACAUUUCUGUGCAGAUUUUAUGUUAGCCACUGCUAUGUAAAAGCACGUUCAAAAUGAAUUUCAGCAGAUUAUGUGUUACCAUAAUGAAUAAAUGUCCUCUACCACAUUUGGAGUCUCCCUUUUCUCCAGAAUCUUGAUCCUGGUCCCCAAAACCAGAAUGAAUCAAAAGAGCUUCCUCCCCUGAGGCAAAGUGGAUUUGUAAGCAGUUCUGAAACAUCACUUACUCAGAAGAGGGAAAGAUGUAUUUUGAUGAGUGCAAAUCGGGAAGGGCUGGAGGCCUACUGCUUGGGACUGGUUUUUUAAAAAUAUGAGUGCUACCUUAUUCUGUAGUUGCAGCAACUUUGAAAAUUGUAUUUUACUGGAAAUCUGCCGGCCAUCACCACCCGAUUUUGAUUGUACCCUUCCUCCCAUCCUCUAAUCUGUUCAUUGCUUUGGGGGAGGUGGGGCAGCUGGCUCACACGUUGGAGUUUGUUCUUUGAUGGAUGAACUCGAGUUUUCUUUCCCGUGAAGGUUGUUUCAGCCACAAACCACUUCAUUUUGCUGUUUCAAUUUCAAAAUAAAAGGAAACUUAUAUUGAAAGACAA